AUGACGCCAAGCAAAGGGCUGAUCCCGCGUCGUGCUGCUCCUCCUGCUGCUGCUGUUCAAGCUAAAGUUUCGUGCGACAAAGUUUAUGGAGUAGAUGAUGGAGACACUUGCUCAUCUGUAAUUGAUAAAUUUAAGCUGAAUGAAGUCCAGUUCUUUGGCAUCAAUCCUAAUUUCAACUGCCGUGCUCUCUUCGUCGGACAAUGGCUCUGCAUUUCUGGCACCGCGUGA